GGACGGGCGGGCGGGAGGGAGGCGCCUUCGCACUCUCUUUUAAAGGCUUUUCUGACUGAACGACGGCUGCUGAAGCUGGAUAUCCGGAUUGUAAUUUAUCUUUAAGGAUGUAUACGAGUGCUACCUCUACUUAAAGGACAAGAAUAGCUGCAGCCCAGCUUUCUUUUUUUUAAUCAACGCGCUGUAUUUUUAUGGCGUUGACUAUGCAGUAAGAACCGCGAGGGAUUCAACGGUGCGUUCUUAAACUGCAGGUUUUUUUUCGCGACCUGAAAUUAAUGUUCAGUAAAAAGAAAAUAUGACUGAAUGGCAGAGGAAAACUCCUUUGGAAUGGCUGGCUUUUGUGGAUAAAGAAAUCAAAGUACUGGCUGCCGGGAAACGCCAAUACAAAGGAUGGGUUUUAACAGUUGAUCCAGUUUCGGCCAAUAUUCUUCUGGCAAAUCCCCUUGAGAAUGGAAAAGUGUCUGUUUUAGUUGUUUUAGGACAUGCUGUGCAGGAUAUUGAAAUAGUGACUGAAAGAGAUGAUGAAAUUAAAGAAAAACUUGCACAUCUCUUCAUGGCUGGAAAAAGUCAAACUUAUAAUCAAGAAGAGCUGGACAGAAAGAAAAACUCAUUGAAGAACUGGCUGGAGAAAAACCACAUCCCUGUAAAAGAACAAGGAGAAUCACAACCAACGCUGUGCGUGGCAGGUGUAUUAACCAUUGACCCACCAUAUGGACCAGAAGAUUGCAAUAGCUCUAAUGAAAUAAUUUUGUGUAGAGUUCAAGGAUUGAUUCAAAGCUAUCUUGCACUUCAGCAGUGAGGCAUAUAGAUUUCAUUAUUCUUAAAACAGCAGUUUAAUAAAAAGUAGGAAUGUUUAAUGGUUGAUGCUCAGCCAUUGUUUCCAAAUUUUGUUUUGUAUAUAAAUAUCAAUUGUAGCAGUUGUGCUAGUUAUAUUUUUAUAUUAAAAUCAUUUGACUUUUUUCCCACCAAGUUCCUGCAAAGUUGGUUUUUUCAUACAAUAGUAAAUAUAAGUCACAUUCUUAUUCUCUCCAGUCUCUUAAUUUGAAACCAAAAUAUUAACUUUUCUGAGGAAAAUGGGACAGUAGUAUAAGCAAUAAAAUAUUUUGGACAGUUUUUCUUCCUAUGAAUAUGCAGCCAAUUUCACAAUUGAAAGUACUGUAUAGUAAAUUCUAGAAGUUAAUUUUCUGCACAUACAGGACAGCACAUACAAAAGGACUGUACCAAGUCUUUUUAAGAUACUGAAAAUAGACAUUUUUGUAUGUAAGACUUUUUCAGAUGCAAUAUGACAGUUUUUCUUGACUUUAGUAUUAGUACAUGUAUGUUCCUUUGAAUGGUCACACCAUUGAUUGAAAAUUAAAACAUGCUUUGGUUGCA